AGAAGAAACAACAAAAGAAAAAGAUGAAAGACACAUCCAAAGUUAUCAUUGGAGUAACCUUAGCAAUGGUUAUAACCCUUGCUUUUGUUAUUGCUCUCAUUUUAGUUCUUCUAGCUGAACUCUAUUGUUCUCUUUUACUUCGCCGCCACAAAAACAAAAACACCAACACUCAUCAAACCUUAAACAACACAAAAACUACCUUAACCAAUGUUUCUCCUUCACAAGUAUCAAAUUUUAGCAACAUUUAUUCACAAGGUGUUCUUCAAGCUCCAAGAAACAUUCUUUUUCCUAAAGAACAACAACAAAAUAACCUUCAUCAUCAAGUGAUUCAUAUUGAAACAUUUCAAGAAUCAUUAAUUUCAUCACCAACACUAUCAAUGUCACAUUUUACAUCAAGAGCACCACCACAACAACAACAACAACAACCUCAAAAAAACACAACCCAUGAAGCUAAUGUUUGUGAAAUUUCAUGUCUUGAAGAAAAAAAUCAACUUGUUUACAUUUCAAAUCCCAUUUAUGAAAAUGAAGAUGGAAAAGAAAGUGGUUUAGAUACACCAUUUGAAACACCUAAUUCUUCACCUUCUCAUUUAGAAAAAAGUGAUUCUUCUUGUGAUGAUGUUGAAGCUGAAAUUCAAGUUGAAGUUGAUUCACCUUGUUAUACACCACCUUUGACACCAAUGAAGAAGCUAGAUGCAGAGGCUUGUUCUGUUUCUCUUGUUAGGUCCUUAGGUACUACAAAUGGAAGUGAUUCUAUAAUUUCACGUAGUAUUAAUGGUCUUUCUUCUUCAUCUUCUGUUUCAGCUUCUACUUCUCCUUCUUGGUGAAUUUUGUUUCAUCAAUGGCUUAGUAGUUAGAUAGAUGUAGAAGUUUUAGUUCUUGUUUAACUUUGUGUUUGUUCUGUUUUAUUAGUUAGCUAGUUUGUGAAUAUUGUAUUAUUUAUUUUUAUUUUUUUCACCACCAAUAUCCGACCCACUGGACCAUUUAAUCUGGUUCGAAAGUCAGUUAUGACAUCACGUGGUUCCAGUUCCCUCCAAAUCACAGUUACGGUGGAUCGAACCGUGGUUCCAGUAAUUGUAUUGUAUUAUUAGCUGUGGUUAUUAGAUUAUUAACAUUA